AAACGACGACGUGUACAAAUUACACAUAUGUUAUGGUACACAUAAUCAUAGCUUGUAAUUUGUGUUAACCGAUAUUGCGUGCACGUUGACUUUGCUCCUAUAAGUGUACUGAAAACACCGAAUAUUUUAGUAAAUUGGAAUUAAACGGUAAAUUAAAACAGUCAAUAUGGUAACUAUUAAAAUUAUUCAUUUGCUUAGUCUGGCAACGUACGUGGCGUGUGGUGGUUAUUUUUCUAAAAACAAAAAAUGUAGUGACAUAGAAUGUGAUGGAUCAUCUGAGUCUAACACUCCAAACACCUCAGAUGAGCAGAAUAAUGACUUUGGCAUUACAGCUAGUGUGCAGUUGAACGAUGGUAAUAGUGGUGAGCAGUAUAAUAACAAUGUUGGUAAUCGUGCGCAGUACAAUAACUUCAGUGGUAACAGUGGUGAGCAGUAUAAUAUCAAUGUUGGCAAUCGUGCGCAGUUUAAUAACUUCGGUCAUACGGGAGAUGGAGUUUUUAACCAAGGUGGUUUAACCAUAAAAUUUAAAGGCGAUGCACUCUGGAUCGACGGCAAAAAAGUCCCAGGGGUCAAAUCGACGGUGAGACCAUUAGUGAUAGAAUGCGGUGGAGGUCAACUGUAUGUCAACAAUGAAAUAAAAACAAUAUUCAAUGGAACACGAGGAGAAGGAAUCAUGAAUUUUUUUUAAUUAAAAUAAACAUUCACGAAGCAGUAAAUCGACAAAUAAAAAUAAAGAUUCAAUGUAUGUAAAUUUAAAAAUUACAAAGAAUGUAAACCGUAUUAGUACUAGCAUACUGUAUUUUAGUUAUGCGAUAAUUGUACCGUAAAUUCAUAAUAUAAUCACACAUUACAUACAGUUUAUAAUUGGUUCGGUCAUUUCAAAAACGACAAA